CUAUAUACAUCUUUUUCUCACUAUAUACAGUAUCUAUUUUAAGAGUCAUUGAGGUGUUUCCCUUGAUGCAAAUAAUUAAUGAGGGUUUUGUCAUAGAAAAAGCUAUAUAUUAAAGAGUGUGAUUCUAUUCCUUACCUACAUCAAGGAACAGAUAUCAGGUUCUAUUGUCGCCUUUUUGGCCAAUUCAACAAUUUUAUAGAAGAAGUUAAUUGUAGAAGAAGAAGAAGAUCGAAGAAGAACCACAACAAUAAACGUACACCCACAAGAAGCUAGCUAUAGCUAGCUAGAGUUGGUUCACAAAUCUUGUUCUUUAAAAGACAUAGAAUUUACUUUAUCUGGAUCUUUAAUUCUUAUGUACUCCAACUAUUUGGUUAUCUUUCUUUAGUAGGAAUAUAUUAUAAUCUUUUAUUACUCUAUUUUCAUUGCUUUGAGGAUACACAAACUAACUAUACCCAAUUUGGAAUGAGCAUGAAAUCAGCCAAAAAACAGCAAAAAUGACAUGGUGUAAUGAUGAUGAAAAUAAUACCCUCCAAAACCUCUCAACUUCUUCAAGAAACCUCAAGAAUAUUAUCACAAGCUCAUGUCCUUCUUGUGGACAUGCCAUACAACUUCAAGCCAAGGAAUUGAUUCAUGAUUUGCCGGGUUUACCAGCCGGAGUGAAGUUUGACCCAACCGAUCAAGAAAUAAUUGAGCAUUUGAAGGCAAAGGUUGGAUGUGAUACAAAUGAACUUCAUCCCCUUAUUGAUGAAUUCAUUCCUACUAUUGAAGGUGAAACUGGAAUUUGUUAUACUCAUCCUGAAAAAUUACCAGGAGUUAGCAAUGAUGGCCAAAUUCGCCAUUUUUUUCACCGUCCUUCAAAGGCUUACACCACAGGCACACGAAAACGAAGAAAGGUGCACAUGGAUGCCGAAAGGGGUGAAACAAGAUGGCAUAAAACUGGCAAGACUAGGCCAGUCUUGUUGUCAGGAUCAGUGGAAGGGUACAAGAAGAUACUCGUGCUUUACACUAACUACGGCAGGCAAAAGAAACCCGAGAAAACUAACUGGGUAAUGCACCAAUAUCACCUUGGCAACAAUGAAGAAGAGAAAGAUGGAGAGAUAGUUCUCUCGAAAGUAUUCUACCAAACGCAACCUAGAAAUUGUGCGUCAAGCCUUAAAGAUCCGUUGUCACUUGAUGAGAAAUCGGAGAGGAAUUCUAAAAAUAGGAACAAGAGCUUUGUGCAAUACAAUAGUGUUGAUUGUCCUUUUAUAUCAUAUGACAUUGAUCGUAGGCAGAUCAAUAGGGAAGUCCCCUCUCAUCAUGUUAUACCGAGUUUUGUUCUACAAGAUGAUCAUCCGCAAUCAUUUAUUCAUCUACCAACCGAAUCAAGCAAAGAAUGAUGAACGAAAUUUAAGCAAUAAUAAGAUGCAUGCAUGUUGACAUAUUCGAUCUAUAUAUUGUAGUAGGUAUUUCAAGCGAAGAUUUCAGAGUCUCAUAAGGGCCCGCUUAUUAUCCGGGGUUCAAGUAAUUUCAAGUUGGGAAUUAAUAAUGUAUAAUUAAGCUGUAUGUACGUACGCACCAUGAUGAGUCGUCGUUAUAUCAUAAUCGUUUUGAGUUAAUUACGCGAUCAAAGAUAAAAUGAUAUAUGGUUCUAUUUCAAGAGCCAUGACACUUGUUGUUAAUUAUAGGGUACGCUUAACGCUUAUAUGAUUUGGAUUUUGAAAUUUGUAAAUUUAGAUUAACUUGUUGGUAGCAAAACAUACGUACUUAUAAGGUGAAUAUAGUUAGUUGAAUAUUUGAUUUAA